AAGUGACGCAGAACUGUCGUGAAGAGAGUGUUUUGUUGGAGUUUGACACGCUCAUGCGACGUGUCUACGAUCGUUUUGCAGACACACGUGAGUUAUUUUAUAAAGAGAUGUGAUUAGAUUGUCGUGUAAGACUCUGAUUAGUGAUGUUGAGUGUCGGGGAGUCUCACACUGUGCUCGUGACCGGAGGAGCGGGAUUCAUUGGAUCUCAUUUAAUCCUUACUUUGGCUGCAAGGUACCCGCACUGGAAAAUCAUCAAUCUUGAUAAUUUGGACUACUGCUCCAGUCUGAAGAACCUCAAGUUUUUGGAGGGCACUAGCACUUAUAAAUUCAUUCUGGGAGAUGUAUGUGACCAAUUUUUCAUAGAGCACCUCUUUACAACUGAAGACAUCAGUGUUGUCUUCCAUUGUGCCGCUCAGACUCAUGUCGAGAGUUCUUUCGCAUGUCCGUCACGGUUCAUGCGCGUGAACGCAGAUGGCACCGAGGAGCUGGUCCGAGCUGCCUUCCAGGCACGAGUCAGCCGAUUCAUCUUUGUGAGCACCGAUGAAGUGUAUGGCCAAAGUUUAAAACAGCCGUUUGAUGAAACGAGUCCACAAAGACCAACCAAUCCAUACUCGUCUGCUAAAGCUGCUGCAGAGAAUAUUGUCAUCUCAUACUGGAGGAAGCACAAGUUUCCUGUUAUUAUAACAAGAAGCAAUAAUGUAUACGGACCUCGGCAGUACCAAGAGAAGGUCAUUCCUAAAUAUCUGUCUCUCAUACAACGCAACCAAAAAUGCACUGUUGAGGGCACGGGUCUGCAGUCUAGACACUUCCUCUAUGUUGAUGACCUCACAGAGGCCUUUCUGAUUGUGAUGGAGAGGGGCGUUCUGGGGGAGAUUUACAACAUUGGGACCAACUUUGAAAUUCCCAUCAUUCAGCUAGCCAGACAGCUUGUUCAAAUGACAGUGAAGAAUGUUUCGAAUGAACAACUUGAUGAUUGGAUAGAGUUUGUUGAAGACCGACCUGUCCGUGAGAUGAGAUAUCCUAUGAUAUCAGAUAAACUGCACAGACUCGGGUGGAAAUCAAAAGUGUCAUGGAAAGAAGGAAUUCGACGGACAAUUAAGUGGCAUGAAGAGAAUCCAGAGUUUUGGCCGUUGAUCCCUAACAGGAAAGAAGAAAAUUUAACGGCAGCUGUUGACAUCAUUGGAUCUGCCAAAACAAAUUGAAGAUGUCUUAUGAAUAUAUUUAAAACCUCAUGUAGUCUAUAAAUAUUUUAGUAUUAUUUUAUUGUAUUUUUAUUGUAAUAUUUUUUUUUUUAAUAAGACUGUUUAUAUGCAAAUUUGUACAGCGAUUUUCAAAUAAAGUGUUGGAAUAAUAAGUGAA